UUAUUUAGAAAUGGGCUUGUUUAUAAGUCAAUUCCGUUCCUCCGAAUAGCUUGGUAAUUGACGUUAAGGCGCAGUUAUUAUUAUUAUUGUUUUUUUUUUUUGUUUUGUUUUUUUUUUUUUUUACAAAUACCUCGUUGGACGCUCAUCUGACUACAAAUAAGUAAAUUAUAGCCGGGCAUUUUUUUUUUUUAUAUAAGUGGUGGUUUUGUAGAAAUAAUUGCAUACUUGUUAGCAUUUCGCUAGUAUAAAUCUAUUUAUCUAGCUCAUAGCAAAGUAACGUAAUGUUGUGACGUUGACAGGAAAGUGUUUUUCGAAGAAGCCAACACCGAGCCCUUUUCAUUUUACCCUACAACCCAAAAGGAACGAACCAGACAGAGGUGACGUCUCGCUUCAGUCGUUCGCAUGUUGUUGUUUUAGUGAGAAGGCUAGCGAGUAGCUGCCUGGUCUUGAAACUGGCUCGCUAGGGAGCUCAUUUCAUGUUAGCAUGGCGUCAGACACGAGCGACACGGAGGAGUUCUACGAUGCUCCGGAGGACGUACAUUUCAGCCCUUCUCCCAAAGUGUCUCCUGCGAAGUUUGUCAUUCCUUUGCUUCAGAAAUCUGACGAAGAUGGAGAGGCUGCCGCUGAGACUACGCAAGAUGAUUCCCUACAUAUCAUUGACAGCAUCAUCGAGGAGAGUCAAAAGGAAAAUUGUGCUGUUGCUGAGCUACUCGAUCAACUCCACGUAGAUGUGACUGUGGACGCGGAGUCAAGGGAUAAGAGAAACACUCAGGAAAUUCCUGUUGCAACCGAUGCACCGCAGCUUAUCGAGAGGCCUGAGGAGCAACCGGAAUGUUCGGCGACAAACGGAGCGUACUCUUUGCCUGCCCCCGCCCCCUUGGAUCUCCCCAGACCUUCAGUUGGGAUGCAGGAAGGUGUUCAGCCACCAGAUAUUACCAGCACUAUAGGGCAAAGUCGUCCUGAUGGGGAGCUUUUGGUCGCGGAAGGAGAGCAGGAGCCCAUAUCUGCUGACAUUUUGGAGCAGGUGUCUUUCACAGACAGACCAACUGACUCUAUGGACUCAUCCGGGCCUACGAAACCACCGCGGCAGUUCACGGUUGAACCAGACAUUGUAGCUAGCACCAAGAAGCCUCCGCCUUCACGACCGCGCCCUCCCAGCGGAGCUCCCCCACCUAGACCGCCUCCACCUUCUUUGCAGGGCAUACCUUCCAAGAAGUCUCUGGAAUGUCUCAAGCCUAGUGGGCUUGAAGUAUCUGCAAUGAGACGAGUUAGCAGCGACCCUCUGGAACCAUCUGGCUUGGUGUCUCCAAGUAGCACUGUGAGGAGUUUAACCAGAGAGUUGCAGCACUCCUUGGAUUUGGCCAGUGCUACCAGUGGGGACAAGGUGGUCACCGCACAGGAGAACGAGGGUGAGGAGGCCUUGUCUCCGGGUGAGGGACAUGUUCCAGGCCCUCAGCGUCCACGCUCCAACUCUGGAAGAGAACUUACUGACGAAGAAAUCCUGGCCAGUGUGAUGAUCAAGAACCUAGACACUGGCGAAGAGAUCCCCUUAAUCCAGGCAGAGGAGAAACUUCCUGCUGGGAUUAACCCCCUCACAUUGCACAUCAUGAGGAGGACCAAAGAGUAUAUCACGAAUGAUGAAGCACAGUCCGAUGAUGAUGACAAGUCACAGACUCCACUGGCUGACACGGAUGGAGGAAAACUGAAACAAAGAACAACUCAGCUGAAGAAAUUUCUGGGCAAGUCUGUGAAGAAGGCCAAGCAUCUUGCAGAGGAAUAUGGAGAGAAGGCUGUAAACAAAGUGAAAAGUGUUCGCGACGAAGUCUUCCACACAGACCAAGAUGACCCUUCCUCCAGUGAUGACGAGGGGAUGCCUUAUACCAGGCCGGCCAAGUUUAAAGCAGCACACAGUUUUAAGGGUCCUUUUGACUUUGAUCAAAUCAAAGUUGUGCAAGAUUUAAGUGGUGAGCACAUGGGGGCCGUGUGGACAAUGAAGUUCUCUCACUGCGGUAGGCUACUGGCAACUGCCGGCCAAGAUAACGUGGUUCGCAUUUGGGUCCUAAAGACUGCCUUUGAUUAUUUCAACAAUAUGAGAUUGAAAUACAACACAGAAGGUCGAGUGUCUCCUUCUCCCUCUCAGGAAAGCUUGUGUUCCUCCAAAUCUGACACUGAUCCCGGGGCAAGUUGUGUUCCAGAAGAUCCAGACACAGAAGACAGGAACGCCCCUUUUCGCCAGGUCCCUUUCUGCAAGUACAAAGGCCAUACAGCGGAUCUAUUGGAUUUAUCAUGGUCAAAGAACUUUUUCCUGCUUUCAUCGUCCAUGGAUAAAACAGUCAGACUGUGGCACAUAUCCAGGAGAGAGUGUCUUUGCUGCUUUCAGCACAUUGAUUUUGUCACGGCAAUCACAUUCCAUCCCAGGGAUGACAGGUACUUUUUAAGCGGCUCUCUGGACGGUAAGCUGCGAUUGUGGAACAUUCCGGACAAGAAGGUGGCACUGUGGAAUGAGGUGGAUGGCCAAACACGCCUCAUCACUGCUGCCAACUUCUGUCAAAAUGGCAAGUACGCUGUCAUUGGCACCUAUGAUGGAAGAUGCAUCUUCUAUGACACAGAGCGUUUGAAAUAUCAUACCCAAAUACAUGUGAGAUCUACCAGGGGCAGGAACAAAGUUGGGCGAAAAAUUACCGGUAUUGAACCAUUACCUGGAGAGAAUAAGAUUUUGGUGACCUCAAAUGAUUCCCGCAUCCGCCUUUACGACCUGCGGGAUUUGUCUCUAUCCAUGAAGUACAAGGGUUACGUCAAUAGCAGCAGUCAGAUUAAGGCCAGCUUCAGCCACGACUACUCUUUCAUCGUCAGUGGCUCAGAGGACAAAUAUGUGUACAUCUGGAGCACUUACCACGACCUAAGCAAAUUCACAUCUGUUCGGAGGGACCGCAAUGACUUCUGGGAAGGGAUUAAAGCACACAACGCUGUGGUCACAUCAGCCAUUUUCGCUCCUCACCCGGGCCUUAUUGUGCCACAAGAGACAGGAGCAGAAAAACCAGACGCUGAGUGCAAGAGUUUGGACUCCAACGAGUCUGAAACUAUCCCCUCAGGUGCACUAAAGACUGAUCACACAGAGGUUCUGCUCUCUGCUGACUUUACAGGAGCCAUCAAGGUUUUCAUUAACGUGAAGAAGUACUGAUACUUCUUUGUAGCUCACCCACAAACAAGUCACACAUUUCACUUCAAUGCCAAGCAACUGUAAGUAGUUUGGAACUUGUAAAAGCUCCAAUCGCCAACGUUACGCAGUUCAAGCAGAGGCCAAAACGUUCGGGUCGUAUUCUUUGAUUUAGAAUAUGUGGGUAGCUUCUGUGUUGUGACAUUUUUUAGCGGUUAACACUGUCUCUUAGUUUUGAGUCACACAUUUCAAUGUGUCUUGAAAAGGUGAUGUUUAUGUAAAUGUGCCUAAAAACAAAAAGUUUGCUUUUUUUCUUAAAAAUUUCCUUAGCCUAUGAUAAACAUUUUAGAUACAGCAAAUCUGUUUAUUAUUUAAUAGCAUCAUGUAUCUUAAUAUACAUUUCAGAAACACUAAUGGUUCUAUAUUUAUAAAGACUUAAGAUUUACAUUGCACACUUAUUGCUUUUUAUAAGCAACUUUCUGCUCUAUUGACUUCCUCAAUAAAAGUGCUUGUUCAUAUUUUUAAGUUGAUACCUAAAGCUAGCACCUUUUUGCCCAAGAAAUGUCACACACACAAAUGCAUAUAAUCACGAAACGUGAUUUAAUGUUUGAACAUUGCACAUUUCAAAUUAUUUUAUAAACAAAUGUAAAACAAAAAUACAGUAAGUGUCUAAAUAUGAUACAAAAGAGAGCCGAAAUCUUGCGGGGUGGACUGGUUCGGGACCAAGACAACGGAGAACUGUGAGUGGUGGACGCCUGCUUGACUGUUGUAAGCAUGGAAGCGAGAGUCAAUGUUUACUCUUCUUUGACUUCUUGUGGGAUCGAUGUGGGGACUGCGAUCGGGAUCUCUGCCCCUUCCACUCUGGAGAUCGGGACCGUUUGGACUGUCGGGAACACCUGAAGUGAGACGGGAUAACGUUGAGAACAAAAUUUUUGCACAUAACAAAUGUUGUGAGGCACUUGCUUUAAAGGAGAGUUGCUAUUUGAUUUUCGGUUGCGCUUGUCAGCGUCUCGACUCCGUUGUCUGUCUCCGUCUUCGCUUUUUUUGCUCUUCUUCUUCUCCUUUUUGUCUUCUGCCGGCCGGUCUUUUGAUUUGGGUGUCGAUCUCUCAGGUUUAUCGUCAUCUUUUUCAAAUUCCUGCGGUAGAAGGUAAAUGUUCAGUGUCAAAAAAAUCACACGAUUGUUAGUAAGCAGGUUCUCUGGGACCAGUAUGUUUUCUCAUGACAUUAGAUUUAACUGAGCUACAUUGUUCUUGUGUACUUUUGUCAGUGUUGCCAAUACAUUUGUUAUUAAAGAAAUAUUUAUCUUACUGAGCUAUUGUUUUUCUUGUUCAAGAGUUCCAAAUACCUUCUGCAGCAGUUUGUUCCUGUAAUACUCCACGUGCUGUUGAAUGCUCAUGCCGGACUUCCGCUCUCUCUUGCCACUUUCAAGCUCAUCUUGGACCUUCAUAACCUUCAACUGGAUUGCAAAGGCUGUGUUAAAACUUGCUCACAAGUAUAGUUGAGAGGUGGAAGAGGAAAUAAUCGAGCAAUGAUUUGCUUUAGGGAUGCAAAACUAAGGGUUUUUGAUAUAUAGUAUGUGUGGGAACCUCUGGGUUCCUCACGACAGAGACUUCACAAUCAGUUGACAAGACAGCUCCCAAUAGUAACAUCUGAAUUCAACCUAAAGUUCUGGAAACAGAACUUGCAUUUUAAGCCAAAACAACGGUUGUGUUUGAUAGAACAAUAUGUCUAUAUGCUGCCAUAGCAGAUUCAUGGCGCAUUCAGCGCCCAAACUAUUUUUAAUUUGCCCGUUUUACCCUGGAAACCCCCGUUUACGGACGUCGCGCAACAGUUUUUGUUUCAACCCAGCCAUGAAAACUAGGUAAGUAAUCAUGUUUUAUAUAUUAUUCAAAAUGUCAUUUUUAGCUUAGAAUUAUUAAUUGAUGUCUAAUAUUUUGUUUAAAAAAAAACAACUAUUCACUUGCAUAUUUGAAACUUCUAAACGAAUUACGUCACAAUGAAAAAAAAU